GUUCCGAUUUGGCCUGUCAUCCUGUGACGCAAGGAGUCCACCGUCGAGUUAUCUUCUUCUACACAUCAAAUACUUUUUCUAGAACUAGAUCCCAAGUACAUACAAGUAAAGCGGCAAAGCGGUCGAUGUCCUGAUCCUCUCAAAACCCUAAACCUUAAACCCCUCAAAAGGUUCCAAAACCCUAAAAACUCUCACCGCAAGAAAUCUCAAUUGGUGUUUUUUUUUUUUCUCUCUCUAGAGUAUUCGUCUGCUGGGGUCCGGGGAGAUGGAUAUGGAUACUAUUCGCUCGAACGCUGUCGUUUUGGAGGGCUUUCUCUGCUCUGUAGCGGUUGAGACGGCCAUUGUCGCUGCCAAGUCUCUUGCUUGCUCGCUCUUGAUGAUGGGCGUUUUGCCAAAUGGAAUUGAUGUCUUCCCCAAAGAGCCCGAUACAUUUGGCGGGUUUCCAGUCUCUGAGCUGCAUGCAGUGAAAAAACCUUGCCCCGAGAACAAAGAUGCCAGUGAAACAGAGGAUGAUGAAGAUGAGGAUGAUGACGAUGCUGCUGUAGAUGAAGAGGAUGGUGAUGGAGACAAUGACGAUGAUGAAUCUGGUGAUGAUGGUCAAGAUGAAGCGGAUCCUGAAGAUGAGCCUGUGGCCAAUGGGGAUGGUGGAAGCGAAGAUGAUGAUGAUGAUGACGAGGACGAUGAUGAUGAUGAUGAUGGGGAAGAAGAUGAAGAGGAUGAGGAAGAAGAAGAUGAAGAAGAUGAGGAAGAGGUGCCUCAGCCACCUGCGAAGAAGAGAAAAUAAAAGUGUGAAUUUUUUUUUUUUUUUUUUUUGACCUUUUUUCUUUUUCUUUUUUUUACUUUGGCAUCUUUUGUUGGAUUGUGGGGGGUGGAUUCUAAUAAACUUCAUUAUCUUUCUAAUUCUACAGCUCUAUUAUGCUACUU